AUGAAGAGCCAGAGUAGUGAUGAGGUCAUUCCAUGGAGGCAACUUCCUUCUGAGAAUAUAACCAUGGUCACUGAAUUCCUCUUGAUGGGCUUUUCCAAACUCCAAGAAAUGCAGGUUUUGCUCUUUGUUACCUUCCUUUUUCUCUAUCUUGUCAUCCUGAUUGGGAAUAUCACCAUUGUCACUGUCAUAAUCCUGGAACACAGCCUCCAUACCCCGAUGUACUUCUUCUUGGGUGCUCUCUCGGUGUCUGAGACCUGUUAUACCUUUGCUAUCCUGCCAAAGAUGCUCAUCAAUCUUCUCUCUGUGCUCAGGACCAUCUCCUUUACCAGCUGUGCAUUUCAAAUGUUCUUAUUUCUUAGCUUUGCAGCCAACAACUGUUUAUUGUUGGUUGUAAUGGGUUAUGAUCGCUAUGCUGCUAUCUGCCACCCUCUGCGUUAUCCUAUUAUCAUGAACUGGAGAACAUGUAGAGUACUGGUAGUCAUAUGUGGGGUGACUGGCUUUCUUAUCUCAACAGCAAUUACAACCUUGGUCUUCAGCUUACCCUUCUGUAACUCUAAUAAGAUCAACCACUACUUCUGUGAUAUUUCACCUGUUAUUCAUCUUGCUUGUGGUAUCACUUAUGUCAAUGAGCUGUUCAUAUUUAUCUGUAGUGUUUUUGUGCUCGUGGUCCCAUUUAUUUUCAUCUGUGUCUCCUAUGGCUUCAUUGUGAGUACCAUCUUGAAAAUUCCAUCCACUGAAGGGAAGAAGAAGGCCUUCUCUACUUGUGUCUCCCAUUUAACAGUGGUGGUUGUCCACUAUGGCUGUGCAUCCUUUGUCUAUCUGAGACCCUCAUCCAGGGUGACAUCAAUUAAAGACCAGUUGAUAACAGUUACUUAUACUAUUAUUACUCCCUUGCUGAAUCCUAUGGUUUACAGCCUCAGGAAUAGAGCUGUCCAGGUAGCCAUUCAGAAAGUGAUCAACGGAGAGAGUUUUCCCAUAAAACUAUAUAAUUUUAACAUUUCACAAAUCCGAAUAAACAAGUCAUUAACUGAUGUUGCCAUAUGCCUUGGUUAG